AUGACAUACGCUAAAAAGGAUCAUGCGUUCGACUCGCUCCAGCCUACCCCUCAGAGAGUGAAAUUCAAAAGUCAAAAGAAUUCGCAGCACUGCGGAGGCUUGUCAAUGGCGUACGGAAUUUACAAUCCUCUGGUAUUGUCAGAUGCUGCGUUGACGGAAUCUCGAACCCGGUUCUAUGACAUCGACGAAGACCACAUACCCAUAAAAUCGGAAAGGGCACAACCACAACAGCAUCCACGGCAUAAAGACCGGAUCAAGUUAAAGGACUGCAUAGCCGAAAUAAAAGCGUUCCUGGAGGAUAACCGACACGUACCAGAAAGGCGGAUACGCAAGUUCGAUAAGAUGAGAAUAGUGCUUUUCGAUCUGUUCCUUCAGCCUUGCAAAAGGGCAACAUUAUUCUAG